GAAACAGCAAAGAAUUUCUGAAUGGGAAUCUUGAAAAUAAAAACGUCAGUUCUGCUGUCUUUGUCAGCUCACCAGCACUUGAAAACUAUCAAUCUCUGACUGUAGAGGAGAUGCCUGAGAAGACAGCACAUCACUCACAGCAAGGAGAAUCUGUACACGUGUUUGGUGUCAGGGUGAGAUCUGGGUGAACCCACUUUGAAAUAAAGCAACUAAUUGUCUUCAGAUUAUCAAAGGAGUAACCAGAUAUUUCCUUUGUAGCACCGAUAGAUCAUUUGUGGAUCCUUGGAGAUGAGGAUGUAUCUCAUCCCAGCUGGAGAUGUGUUUUGUGUCUGAAAGGAAACAUUCUGUUUUAACUCAGUGAAAUCCCCUGGAACCGGGGUGCUGAGAACACACCAGCAUUUGUUCACCAGAGAUCAGUUCUUCAUCUGCAUUGAUUUGACACGGAUUCACUCUGACUAACAUCGGACUUGGUGAAUUGUCAGACAAUUGAUAGCAGGGAGAUAUCAUUCACCUGCUCUGUCAGUGUGGGAACGAAUUCUCUCACUCAGUCAAACAGCAGAUAAACCAGUGAGGUCACACUGGGGAGAGGCCAAUGAUCUGCUUGUUGGGAGGGGAUAUACUCAGUCAUCCAGCCUGAAGAUACGUCAGCAAGUUCACACUAUAGUGAGGCGGUUCGCCUGUUCUGCAGGAUUCAGUCAUCCAAACUGAAGAUUACAGACUGGGGUGUCAGAGUUUGGAUUUCAGUUCAGACACUGUCUGGAAGGAGUUUGUACAUCUUUGCCGUGACCACAUGGGUUUCCUCCGGGUGCUCUAGUUUCCUUUCACAGUCCAAGGACAUAUCGGUUAAUAGGUUAAUUGGUCAUUGUAAAUUGUCCCGGAUAAAGCCGGGUUAACAGGUGGACUGCUAGAUGGAGCAGCUCAUUGGGCUGAAGAGGCCUGUUCCAUGCUGUAUCUCCAAAUAAAAUCCACACCAGUGAGAGGCUGUUCACCUGCUCCUUGUGGGAGGAAAUUCACUCACUCAGCCCAUUUGCAGAUGUAUCAGUGAGUUCACGAGGGAGAGAGACUGUUCUACGGUUUUGUGUGUGGACAGGGAUUCACUAAUUCAUCCCACAUGAUGAGACACCAGAAGGUUCAAACUGGAGAGAGACCGUUCACCUGCUCUGAAUGUGGGAAGGGAUUUACUGAGUCUUCUAAAUUAAUGAUACACAAACGAAUUCACACCGGGGAGAGACCAUUCACUUGUGCUGAAUGUGGGAAGGGAUUUAUUGAGUCGUCUAACCUACUGGCACACCAGCGAAUUCACACUCAGGAGAGACCGUUCACUUGCUCUGAAUGUGGGAAAGGGUUUACUCGGCCAUCUAGCCUUCUGAAACACCAGCGACUUCACACUGGGGAGAAACCAUUCACAUGCUCUGAAUGUGGGAAGGGAUUCACAUACUCAACUGCUCUGAUGAGCCACCAGCGAAUUCACACCGGGGAGAGGCCGUUCACCUGCUCUGAAUGUGGGAAGGGAUUCACGCAGUCAACUCAUCUGAUGAUACACCAGCAAGGUCACAGUGAGGAAAGGCUAUUCACCUGCUCUGGCAAGGGAUUUAUCCGGCCAUCCCACUUACAGAGACACCAGCAAGUUCACACUGGAGAGAGACCGUUCACCUGCUCUGAAUGUGGGAAGGGAUUCACUCAGUCAUCCCACCUCGUGAAACACCAGCGAGUUCACACUGGGAACAGACCAUUCACCUGCUCUGAAUGUGGGAAAGGAUUUAAUCGGCCAUCUAAACUGUUGGCACAUCAGGGAGUUCACACCAGGGAGAUGCCAUUCACCUGCUCUGAAUGUGGGAAGGGAUUUACUGAGUCGUAUAACUUGCUGGUACACCAACGAGUUCACACUGGGGAGAGACCGUUCACUUGCUCUGAAUGUGGGAAGGGAUUUACUCAGUCAUGUCACCUGCUGACACACCAGCAUGUUCACAGUGGGGAAAGACCGUUUGUUUGCUCUGAGUGUGGGAAGAGAUUUACUCAGUCAUCUCAUUUGCGGACUCACCAGCAAAUGCACACUGGGAAGAGACCGUUCACCUGCUCUGAAUGUGGGAAGGGAUUUAUUGGGUCAUCUAUGCUUCUGGCUCAUCAGCGAGUUCACACUGGGGAGAGACCAUUCACCUGCUCUGAAUGUGGGAAGGGAUUCACUCGGUCAACUCAUCUCAUAAGACACCAGCGAGUUCACACUGGGGAGAGGCCAUUAACCUGCUCUGAAUGUGGGAAGGAAUUCACUCAGCCAUCUAAACUACUAGCACACCAGCGUGUUCACACCAGGGAGAAGCCGUUCACCUGCUCUGAAUGUGGGAAGGGAUUUAAUCAGCCAUCUAAACUACUAACACACCAACGAGUUCACACUGGGGAGAGACCGUUCACUUGCUCUGAAUGUGGGAAGGGAUUUACUCAGUCUUCUAACCUGCUGACACACCAGCAUGUUCACAGUGGAAAAAGACCAUUCGUUUGCACUGAGUGUGGGAAGGGAUUUACUCGGUCAACGAGGCUUCUGGUACACCAGCGAAUUCACACUGGGAAGAGUCUGUUCACCUGCUCUGAAUGUGGGAAGGGCUUUAAUCGGCCAGCUAAACUACUUGCACACCAGCGUGUUCACACCAGGGAGAAGCCGUUCACCUGCUCUGAAUGUGGGAAGGGAUUUACCAAGUCAACUCACUUGCUGGUGCACCAACGAGUUCACACUGGGGAGAGACCGUUCACUUGCUCUGAAUGUGGGAAGGGAUUCACUCAGUCUUCUAACUUGCUGACACAUCAGCAUGUUCACAGUGAGGAGAGACCGUUCGUUUGCACUGAGUGUGGGAAGGGAUUUACUCGGUCGACAAUGCUUCAGGUACACCAGCGAAUUCACACUGGGGAGAGACCGUUCACCUGCUCUGAAUGUGGGAAAGGGUUCACUCGGUCAACUCAUCUGUUGGUACACCAGCAAGUUCACACUGGGGAGAGGCCAUUCACCUGUUCUGAAUGUGGGAAGGGAUUUACCCGGUCAUCAGACUUACAGAUACACCAACGAGUUCACACUGGGGAGAGACCAUUCACCUGCUCUGAAUGUGGGAAGGGAUUCACGCAGUCAUCCCACCUUGUAAGGCACUACCGAGUUCACACUCGGGAAAGUGCUUAAAAAGCAGCCUGCUGGAUAUUUAACCGUCACAGUUUCUGAGUCCGGAGACAGGUACAAAAGUGACUGUAAUUACUGCUGCUCUCUUUAAACCAAGUCUGCACGGUGUGAUUGGGAUGGGAGGUGUUUCCUAUGCUGAUGUUCAUAUUUGACGGGAAUGGAGUUUAAUUUUCUGGAUCUGUGACAAAUACAAGUGGCCCCCGUUUUCCAAACGUUUGCUUCCCGGCACCUCGCUAUUACGAAAGACCUACAUUAGUUACCAGUUUUCGCUAACCGAAGAGUUGCACGCUUUUACGAGAAAAAGCAGCGCGCGCCCCAAGCAGGCAAGCUCCUCCCCCGGAACUGCAUUCAGCAUCAAGCUGCCAUAUCUUAAACACAUGUCUGUGAGCAUCUGUGCUUUAUCUCGAUUUAUUUUGUGCAUCCAUGACCAAGAUGUGUCCUGAGGUAUCGGAAAAGCCUAAGGGAACUAAUAAGGGUGUUAGGCUUAGCGUAAAACUGGACGUAAUUAAGCGUUUCGAUCAUGGUCAGAGAAGUAAGGACACUGUCCGUGCAUUGAACUUGCCUGCUCUGCCAUUCAAACUAUUUACACACACAGAGAAGGAAUCUUGAAAGCUGCUGAUGUUACUAUUGGUUCUGGUCGUAGCAAAGUGGUCUCUCUUAGUCUGCUGGGAACUUUGCAGCAGCUUCAUAGUUUAACGUUUACUGAAGACAGAGCUUCAGCUGAUACUGAAGGACUGCAAAACUGAAGAAAAUAAUUCCAGAAGGUGGUUCUUCGUAGAAGCAAGUGUUUAACUGUGACGAAACUGCAAUUUUUUGGAAAAAUUUGCUGAGCUCCCCAACCUCCGACGACUCAGCCUAACACACCAUCAUCAGUCUGCUUGCUGUCUUCCCGAUUCCGGUUAGAAACAACAAAGAAUUUCUGUACCGGAAUUUUGAAAGCAAAACCACAUCAAUUCCGCGCUCUCUCUGCUGGAUGGACCCACCUGGAGAUAAAGCUUGUAAAUUGUCUUCAAGUUAUCGAAGGAGUGAACAGAUAUUUCCCUUGUAGCACCAAUAUACCAGUUGACGAUCCUUUCCAUCGUUCACCUGCUGUGAAUGUGGGAACAGAUUUACUCAAUCAUCUAAACUAUUUGCACACCAGCGCAUUCACUCCAGGGAGAGGCCGUUCUCCUCUUCCGUGUGGAGGAAGUAAUUCUCUUGGUCAAAUCAGCUGAUGAGUCACCAGCGAGUUCAGACUGGGGAGAGGCCGUUCAUUUGCUCUGAAUGUGGGAAGGGAUUUACUCGGUCAUCCCACCUACUGGUACACCAGCGAGUUCACACCAGAGAGAGAGCAUUCAGCUGUUCCGUGUGGGAGAGGGGAUUCUCUCAGUCAUCUCAGCUCAUGACACAGCAGUCAGUUCUCACGAGCGAGAGGCCAUUUUCCUGCUCUGAAUGUGGUAAGGGAUUUUCUCGGUCAUCUCACUUUCUGAUGCACCAGUCAGUACACACUGGGGAGAGACCGUUUACCAGUUCUGCACCUGGAAAGAGAUUUACUGAUUCAUCUAACCUACAAGCACACCAGCGAGUUCACACUGGGGAGAGACCGUUCACCUGCUCUGAAUGUGGGAAGGGAUUCACUCAGUCAUCCCACCUUGUGACUCACUACCGAGUUCACACUCGGGAAAGUGUAUAAAGAAGUUGCCUGCUGGGUAUUUAACCAUCAUGGUUGCUGAAUCCAGAAACAAAUUCAAAAGUGGUGUCAGACGGUCAUCAUUGUUGCUCUCAUCACACCCAGUUCUCCACCCUAGUGAUCGGGAUGGGAAGUGUUUCUUAUGCCGAUGUAGUGGGAUUGGAGUUUAAUAUUCUGGAUCUGUGAUAAAUAAGUAAGUUCUAUUUUAAACACACUCUGGUGCUUAGUUAGUCUACAACCCACCCAGUGUACAGUCAGGACCCGACUCCUUGGCAGGAUUGACUGAUUAUGUUACAGCCAGGUAGGCCAUUGGGGAAUUUGAUGCAGAGACCGGAUUCCUGAACCAUGUCCAGGCAGAUGAUGAGGAAUUGUUCCCUUAACUUGUGUGGAGUCUCAUUUGAAAUGCUGUCCUCCACGCAUCAAUGUCUUUUGUAAAUUUUUACAGGGCAGAAAAGGUGAAGGAUUUAUAUAUGCCAAUCUCAAACGCAUCAGUUGUGCUGUGAGUGACAGUUCACCAUCUCUUCAGUACCAUUGAUCUAUGAAUAUUAUCUCCAAGGUGCUUGAGAACCUCAGACACCAGUCACAGCAAGAGCUGUUUUCAGUGUAGCGAUGAGAUUUGGAUUAACCAAUAUGAAGAUAGAUCUUGUAAAUUGCUUCAGAUUAUUGAAGAAAUUAAUAGAUAUUUCCUCAUAUUCAUAUAUAUAACAUUUUUGAACCAAGGUCCUGAGGACACAUUUCUUCAUUCAAGAUCAGAUGUUAAACUGCUUUACUAAGGUUAUAUUCACUAACUUGAUAAAUAGCCACAGAGAUGAUAGCAGUCAGAUCUCAUUCACGGGCAACACACACAAAAUGCUGGUGGAACACAGCAGGACGAAGGGUCUCGGCCCGAAACGUCAACAGUGCUUCUCCUUAUAGAUGCUGCCUGGCCUGCUGUGUACUGCCAGAAUUUUGUGUGUGUUGUUUGAAGUUCCAGCAUCUGCAGAUUUCCUCGUGUUUGCUCAUUCACGGGCUCUCAGUUUGGAAGAGAUUCUCUUGGCCAUCACACCAGUGAGUUCACACCGGGAAGGAAUUUUCCCGAUCUGCAGAAAGACUGUGGGAUGGAUUCACUCAGUCAUCCCAUCUGCAAUCACAUCAGUGAGUUCACACCAGGAAGAGGCCUGUUUCAGGGAAGGAAUUUUCCCGAUCUGCAGAAAGACUCUGGGACGGAUUCACUCAGUCAUCCCAUCUGCAAUUACAUCAGUGAGUUUGCAAUGGGAAGAGGCUGUUCAAUUGCUCUCGGUGUGGGAGGGGAUUGAUUAGGUCAUUGCGGCUAUGGAAACACCAGAGAGCUCACACGGGAGAGAGGCCAUUCCACUGGUCCAGGUGUGGGAGGGGAUUCAUUCGAUCACCUGAGCUACUGAAACACCAGUGAGUUUGCAGGUGGGGGCGGGGGCAGGUGGUCGUACACCUGUUCUGUGUGGGGAAGGCCUUCAUUCAUUCAAAUCAUCUUGAGUGUUCACACUAAGGAGAGGCUGCACUUAUGUCCAGAGUGAGCACAGAGAUUUAUUUAAUCAUCCCGCCUGCUGAAACUUCACAUCAGGAAGGAAGUUCCCAUAUGCUGUAUGUUAAAUGUUUAACCGUCAUAGUGACUGAAGGGUUUGUUCUGCUGAUGUUAGUGUUAAAUUAGACUGGUGUUUAAUAUUAUAGAUCUGUGACAAAUAAAUCAGUUCUGUGUCAGCUCCUGUGUCUCUGGUGCUUAGCCACACACCCAGUCUCUGCCACACACCCAGUGUGAAAUACUGAGGCCCCUCAACCCAGCUGGUGCCUGCCCCGUUUCUGUUCCACGAUAGUCUUUUAAAAUCCAUCACUGAUGUUCAGCUCUCGCUCCCCUUUGGGAUGUGUUCCAAAUGGUCACCACUCUGGGUGAAGCAUUCAUUUGGCAUGACUUUCUACAAGGAGAGUGGGACGAACUCAGUGGUGUUUUAUCACAGAGAUUCCCCGUUCCUGGGGUUCACGGUCAAAGAGAAUGUCAUGGGUUGUUAAGCUCCACCUUCGCUGCUCUUUUCGAAGUUCACAGUCAUUUUCUGUGUUUCCAAAGUACAGUGUCUUGAAAUCCACUAUUCUCCUUUACAAACUGAUGGAGAAAGGUCAGAACCCACAGGGCAUUGCUUUGAGGUGCCAGGAAGUGGUGGGGCAGGGUGGGAAGAAUUAGUGGGGAGGAGGAGGGAAUCAGACCAGGAAGACAUGGCUGAGCACAGCUCCAAUGCCUUAUUGAAGUUUACUGAUGUUGUAGGGUAAUGUAUUUGGAAUAAAUGUACAUAAUUCACAACCACCGUCAUUGAGCAAGGGUUUCGCUUUAACAGGCUGGCCUGAUGUGAUGGUGUUCUUAUGUUUUUACAGUUUUCGUUGCUUCUGUGUCUAUUUUUGGAAGUUCAAUAAAAUGUGUUAUGUGUUUCGUUAUAC